CCAAUACAUAUUUUUAUCUUCAUUGUCACCAAUGAGUACAACCACCCGCAACACCCGUCGCCGAUCUCUCAUGGUUUAACUUGAUUCUCUCUUAUCUCUAUGGAUGAAUCAAGGCCAUAAGCGCAUUAUACCAAGCGCAAUUGUUAACUUAGCCCUCGUCUUACUUCUUACAUAGUACCAUUCGUAUUCGUCACAACAUAUAAUUCCAACUUCGAACUUGAAUCCUCUAAAGAUGGAGGCCGCCUCCGCUCGAGCUGCGGCUAGGGACCGCUGGAGCGAAAUGGGUUUCCCACGACCCUCGCAACUUCAACGGUUCAUAGCUACCGCCUGUAGUCCCGAAAAUUACGAACCGAAUCUUGCUUUAAAUCUCGAGAUAUCCGAUCUGAUCAACAGUAAAAAAGGCACCGCACCUCGAGAAGCUGCCGUCGCUAUCGCGAACUACAUCAACUCUCGCAAUCCCAACGUUAGCCUUUUAGCCUUGAAUCUCCUCGACAUCUGUGUCAAAAAUUGCGGUUACCCUUUUCAACUUCAGAUCAGCACUAAAGAAUUCUUGAAUGAACUUGUUAGGCGGUUCCCCGAAAGACCCCCGCUCCGCUAUACCAAAGUCCAAUCUAAGAUCCUGGAGGCUAUCGAAGAAUGGAGAAGCACUAUAUGUGAGACGAGUCGGUACAAGGAAGACUUGGGUUUUAUUCGAGACAUGCACCGCUUGUUAAGCUACAAGGGCUACCAUUUCCCCGAAGUUCGAAGAGAUGAUGCUGCUGUUUUAAACCCCAGCGAUAACCUCAAAUCUGCCGAGGAAAUGGAGGAGGAGGAGCGAGAAGCGCAGUCCGCUAAGCUGCAAGAGCUAAUCAGACGGGGCGCCCCCGAGGACCUACAAGAAGCCAACCGUCUUAUGAAGAUCAUGGCUGGUUUCGACACAAGGUCCAAGACAGACUACCGAGCAAAGGCCGCCGAAGAGGUUGGCAAGAUCCAGGCCAAAGCCCGGAUAUUGGAGGAAAGGUUGGAAGCUUUCAAGCCAGGCGACUCCAUGAAGGAUGGUGAUGUUUUUGAGGAACUCGCUUCGGCCCUGCAAAGCGCGCAACCCAAGAUCCAAAAGAUGUGCGAAGAAGAGUCCGAUGACCACGAAGCGGUUGCUAAGUUGUUCGAGAUCAACGAUAGUAUACACCGGACCGUUGAACGAUGGAAGCUUCUCAAGAAGGGGGACAUUGAAGGCGCAGCCAAAAUCGCCCAGGGCGCACCUAUUCCGAGCUCAUCUACAAAGGCGGGAAAGUCGGCAUCGGCCGCAAACGAAUUGUCGCUGAUAGACUUUGAUGGGGAUGCUAGCGCGAACGGUUCCGGCGAGAAUGCUGGUGGAUCGAAUUCACAAGCUGGUGGACUAGAGAAUGACCUCCUAGGUCUGUCUCUUGGAGAUAGUGGAAGUAGUAGUAACAGUUUUGGUCAAGGAGGUGGAAUCUCUCUUGGUUUUGGGGCAAACCAAAAUGUCCCAGGACCUGCUUUACUCUCCUCUAUAACCCAAAACAACAGCGCGAAAAGCCCCGUACCAAGCCCUACGCCUCCAGCGUUCUCUCCCUUCUCCGGGUUCAUAUCACCUCCUACAGGUUCUCAGUCCAGCACCCCUCAGCCAUCUUUGGGUCAGCAAUCUUCGUUCUCCAGGCCACCACCGCUAAAUGCAGCCCUCGCCAACGAUCCUUUUGCUGCUCUCGCCUCUCCUCAAUUUUCAUCUAAGCCAUCUACGCCCAAGCCUGUAGCACCGGCAGCGACAAAUGAUGAUGACGAAUGGUCCUUUUCAUCUGCAUUACCAGCCGAGCCUUCAUUGCCUAAGGAGCACAAAGCCACCAUCAAAAGUAGUCCCUUGGUGAUCGAACUUGGCGCUCGGAGAUCACAGACACCUAGUGCUAUACGUCUACUCUUCGUUUUCUCUAAUGCGACCUCAGCGCCUAUAAGCGAUCUUCAUUUUCAAAUUGCCGUAACCAAGGGCUACGAACUCAGUCUAGAGCCGCAAACAGGCCGUUCCUUACAACCCAUGCAGAGGUCAGGCGUUACACAGUCCGUCGAGGUAUUCCACGCGGGUGAUAAAGCCAAGAAAGUAGAAAGCAUCAAGCUACGGUGGAGAGCCAGUUACUCGUUAGGUGGUGCGCCAAAGAGCGAGAUGGGCGAGAUACCCGAGUUUGGCAUCGCGUGAUUUUUUAUUUCGCAAGACAUCCAUGCAUGGCUUACGUGCCUUGGGCUGGAGGGCUAGGGAUCG